GCCCUGUCUUGAGGGGAAGGGAGCCCCGCCAGUGAGGCUCCGCUGCUGAGGAAGCCCUGCAAGCGCUCUGACUGCUCUUGGCCUCAGAAGGACUGCCUUGGAUACUGACGCUAUUCCCCUUGCUCUGCUUUCAGAGAACGGUAGAGGAAGAGUUGGAGAUGCUUCUGGAGCAGCAGGGCACCGUCGAGGGCAAGAUGGCUUCCCUCCAGCGCAUGGGCCCCAACCUGCAGCUGAUCGAGGGAGAUGCCAAGCAGUUGGCUGGGAUGAUCACCUUCACCUGCAACCUGGCUGAGAACGUCAGCAGCAAGGUCCGGCAACUUGAUCUUGCCAAGGUAACCAUGAGAAGCAGGAAUAGGAUUGUUUUCAAAUCCCGCUCUAGAAGCGUUCGGGUCGCCCCAAGAAGCGGAGGCGAAAGACCAGCCAAAGGCUCCAGUGUCAAACAUCUGGAUGAGAUCCGGACCCACAAGAAGGAGGAGGACAGCCCUGGCCCCUUGGCGACCCUCUUCGGCUCGAGUCCGGGAAGCGAGGCGGGGGCACUCCUCCUCUUCGGCCACGUAGGCACUUCCGGCGGGCGCUCCGUCUUCCUCCAAAAUGGCGACGAGGCGAAACGGGCCAAGCGGAGGGGAGGCAAGUCCGGAGGCGUCGCGGAGGCCCUGUCGUCCUUCCUGGGCUUCUCGGAGCAGGGCCUGGAGCUGAGCGGGAAGGUCUGUGUCAGCAGAGAAGGCACCGCGGCGGAUUAUGGCCUCUUGGCGCAAGAAGACCUGGAGGCCGGGGGUCUCUUCGGCGUCCCAAGGACAGCCCUCCUCUCGCAGCACACCAGCCCCUUGGCCCUGCUCUUGGAGAAAGGCAGGCAGAGCCAGGGCUCAGGCCUCCUGGAGAGCCAGUCUGGCUGGGUUCCUCUGCUUUCUCUGCUGCAUGAAUCCCGCAGCAAUUCGCACUGGGCACCUUACCUAUCCCUCUGGCAUUUCACCAAUCUGGAUCACCCAUGUUUUGUAAGGAAAUGCCGCUUUGGCUCUGUCCCGCUUAUCCAGUUCCAGGGAGAAGGGAGCAGCGAGAGCGGAAGAGGACUGCUGCAAGGGACUGGGGUUCCUGAGGCUGGACAGAGACCUGGCCAGCAUCCAGAAGGAGCAUUCUCUAUCGUCCUGCCCUUCAUGAAGGUGCACCCAGAUCUCUACCCCAAGGCGCAAAGCCUGGAGCUCUACAAGAGGCUGGUGGCGUUUCUUGUUUCAACUAGUUUCCAGGAACCCUUGGAUGAGGAAGAAGAAGAUGAGGAAGAGCACCCUCCAGUGAUGGUGCCCCUGGCAGAUCUCUUGAAUCAUGUGGCAAUAAACGCCAACUUGGAAUAUUCCCGGUGAUGCUUGAAAAUGGUUGCCACACGGCCGAUCCGUAAAGGCCAAGUCUUCAACACGUACGGACAGAUGGCCAACUGGCAGCUCCUUCACAUGUAUGUUGCUUAACCAUAUCCUGGCAAACAGAACGAUGCGGCUGACAUCCAGAUGUUGACUCUGCUCAAGGCUGCGCUGCAAGCCAAGAGAUCCGAAGCAGAGAGGCAGCUGGUCUUGGAGCAGUGGGGCUGCCUUUGCCGCAGGAUGGUGGGCGAGGAAGGGGCCUUUGUCAUUGGCUGGGAGAGGGUCUUCACUGAGGAAGAGCUGUCUGUGGCACUGAAGCAUGUCUGCGGAGAAUUCAGGGGUUUAAAGAACAAGACCUGGGAACAGGGGAGCGUAGCCCCGCACGCCUGGCGCUCUCGAAGGCCACGAUUCCUGAGCUCAAAGCCUCUGGAAGCAGCUUCUCUUCAAUGCCGCUCUGCUGACCCUGCAGUCUACAGCUUGGACUUGAAAGAGGAGGAAGAGACACUCCAGAACCUGCAGGCGUAUUUGAAGCUAAGUCGCGGGAGCAGCAUGCCCUUCAAGUGCGCUACCGGCCAGAAGAGAUCUUGCAUCAGUUGCUUCAGCUGUGCGGGGGAGCAGUUAAUAGAUCCAGACCCUCCCCACCCCAAAAUUUACAAGUGUCACGAAAGAAAAUCUACAGGCCUGGUCUUGUGUCUCUUGCUAAAACAACUGCCCCCUCCCAAGGGCUCCUGGGGUUCCUCUGCCGAGGGGUCAGUCCUCCGAGCCGCUGACCCCCAGCCAUUCGCUCUCUCGCUCUCUGGCCGCAUUUGA